AUGCGACUCUGGCUGCGACUGGUGAGUGUGAGUGUCUCUGGGGUGCUUGCUGGCCGCGAUUGUUGGAAUUCCAUUGCGCGCACCUUUCCGGCACCGGAGAAGGACCAGCCUCAUGAGCUCUGGCUUUCCGAUCUGAAGAGAUGGAGAGAAGAACACCUCAGGAGCUAUGUUGAUGAGGCCUAUCAGGAGGAUACUCUGUACUGGACGCGCACUUCUUUUGUUCAGCCUCAGGUUCACCUGUAUGAUAGGUACUUGUUCGAUGGCACCUGGACAGUUGAGAGGUACUUGAAGGAUUUGAAGAACCGUUACGGUGGCAUUGACUCCGUUCUGCUCUGGCCGACCUACACGAAUAUUGGUAUUGAUGAUAGGAACCAGUUCGACUAUUAUCGAGCCCUUCCGGGUGGAUUGCACGACCUGGCCAACGUCACAGCCGAGUUCCACCGGCACAACGUGAAGGUCCUUUGGGGCUACAAUCCUUGGGACCAAGCGACCCGACGAGAAGGUGCCGAUUGGGAUGUCAUCGCGAAGCUCUUGCAGGCCACAGGAGGUGACGGUUUCAAUGGUGACACCAUGAUGUACAUUCCAGAGGAGUUCUGGCGUGCCUCCCUCCGUCUGGGCUAUCCCAUUGCUGCCGAGCCUGAGGGAGGAGGUUUCAGCUGUGAUGGCAACUGGAGCUCUGCAGGAUGGACGCCCUUGGGAUGGGGCUACUUCGGCCACAAGAUCGACAAGAUGACGUACAGCUAUGAUUUUGCACCAGGUGUUGAUAAGCUCAAGUGGCUGGAUCCGAAGGGCCGUCAUUUGACCCACGUCUGCGACCGCUGGUCCAAGAAUCGCACCAGUGCCAUUCAGCUGGCGUUCUUCAACGGAGAUGGCUACGAAGCCUGGGAGAACAUUUGGGGUCUCUUCAACCGCCUCACCGAGCGCGAUGCGGCGCUGCUGCGCCGCGCGGCCACGCUGCUCCGCUGGGCGGGGCGACGCAACUACACCCACGACUUUGAGGAGUGGAUACCCCACACACCUGAGGCCAGCGCCCCGGAGAAGGGGAUCUUCGCCUCGCUCUUCCGGCGACGAGGCGUAAGACCCGGUGAUGCUUUGUGGCUGGUGGUCAACAAGGGCAUGGUCGAUGCCAAAGUGGAUGUGACCAUCCCCUCGGAGUUGCGCGAAUCCCAUCUCUUCGAUCUUUACAAGGGCGUGGAGGUGGACAUCUCGCAGUCUGGAAGGACAUCGCUGGAGAUCGAAGGAUUGGGCGUGUCAGCGUUGCUGGCCACACGCCUAGCAGAUCUGAGUUUGCAAAAACUGCUAUCAGAGAUGCGCUUGAUGACCCGCUCUCCACUGGCCAGCUUCUCGCCCGCUUGGCACGUACUUCAUCAGGAAAUGGAUCCUAUGUUCUCUCCCAAGACAUUUGACCCCUUGAAGGCUCCAGCCGGAAUGGUGCUGCUUCCACGUGCUCGAUUCAACUUCUCGGUGAGCGGUACGGCUUUGGAGGGCGGUUGCCAAGCGGAGGAGGAUCCCCAUGGCGUUUGUUGCCACAGCAAAAUCUGCAAUGGUGAUGGGUCACCAGACUGCCAAUGUGCCAUCACUGGAAGUCACUACUUUGGAGUCGAUGUGCAGUUUCCCUGGGAACAGCAACCUGGGAGAAAUCAUCGCAGGCUUUUGGAUUUGGGGCCACUGUUGAUGGAUCAAGAUUUAGUUACCAACAACGACUUUUUGAGCUAUUUGAAUGCCAGCGGUUAUCGACCCUCAGAUGAGUUCAAUUUCUUGAAGCACUGGGAGCACGGGCGUCCCAAGCCAGGCGAUGAGCAGAAGCCUGUGGUCAAUAUCGGCUUGGAGGAGGCCAGAGCAUUUUGCAGCUUCUACGGCAAGCGCUUGCCGCAUAGCUAUGAAUGGCAAUACGCUGCUCAAGGGCUGGACGGCCGCCGGUAUCCUUGGGGCAACGAGCUGUCCGACGGGCGGAUACCCAAAGCAGGUCAUGAUCCCGCGGCGAUCGGCGAGCACCCCGAAGGAACCUCUCCGUUUGGUCUCCGAGACAUGGUGGGCAAUGUGUGGCAGUACACCGACUCCUUCCGCGAUGAGCACACGCGCUCGGUGCUGCUGCGAGGCUCCAGCCGCUAUCAGCCCAAGGUCUCAGAGGCCUUUCCCUCGCGAGUGCAAUCGCUCAAUUGGUCCGCUGGACUCGAAAGACAGAGAGGGCGGAGAGGGAGGAGAGAUGGCCCCGGCCCCCAGGUGGCGGUGGUCUGA